AUGGCGGCUUCGCGAUCAUUGUCAUCGUCGCACACUGUCGUCCAGUCGCCAGUGAUCGCAGCACCGGUGCCAACUCGUCGUUUUCCGACACCACUCACCGCCCGUGCCGAGGCAGGCUCGUCAUUAGGCUCGGACUCUGGUUCAGCAGCUUCAGGUUCGGCAGCAGCAGCCGAGCCAGCUCUAGGUUCGGGAGUUGCCGAGGCGAAGGGACGGGCGGGGGUGGAAGACGACAAGCAGCUCGCGCUCUUCGAGGCCUUAAGGAAACGCCAGGUGGAGAGUUUUAAUCAGCAGGAGGAAGUUGCGAGGCAGCUUCGCAUUCAGGCGGAGCGGGACGAGGUGGCGAGGCUCGGGUGGAAGCGAGCGGCAAAGAAGCUUCUGGGAAGGCUCCGCGGCAGCCAGUGGGACCCCCUGCCUGGUGCUGACGUGGACUUUGCGGAUUUCUGGGCCCUGCUGCAGAUGGGAAGGGUGAAAUUUGUGAAUUAUGGGGAUAAUGGAAGAUUCGUGGAAGUGAUUCUCCCCCAUCCCGCCAAGGACCUUGGGCUGGAGGUGAAGCGGGGAGAGGGGGCGAGGAGGAAGGGGAAGGAGACAGAGCGACCAGCAGCGCCAAAGGCAGCAGAAGGGGCAGCAGCAGGAGUGGGAGCAGAAGGGGAGGAGGCGGGUGAAGAGGCAGAGGCUGUGGGGCACAUGGGCCUUCCAGACCAGGUAACACUUUGA